AUGGAGGCAUCGCCAGCGUCUAGGGAUUUGUCGUUUUCUCUUGCGUUCAAACGGCAUGCAGAUAAAGAUUUGGACGACGUGUUAGACGCUUAUACAGACAUCAAGAGCUUGAAGAAGGAGAAAACGUUACAUGCGGACUCACCCGGAGACGAAUCUAGAGAAGCUCUUGCUUUCUUGAACCUGAAGACCGGUAUUAAAAAACAAACAUCUUCUAGUGAUGAAGACAACUCGAUGGAGGAGGCGUCAGUGGAGAAUGCGAAAAUUGAACACGACUUUCUCUUGGGUCGUGGUAUGGUGGAAGGGGGCGUAGGUGACAACAUCGUGGAAGCAAAAAUGAAGACUACACUGGAAGGCCAACCGGAUGUGGGGGGCACUGUAGAAGCGGAAUUUCUUCAGAGGUGUGGGAUUUGAAGAG